UUGAAGUGCAAUCAAGUUUCGUUAAAGUUGUGAACGGUUGUAAAUACAAUUGGAAGAAUAGAGCAGUAUGGGGAGAAAAUCGAGGACGGGUCUUGUGGCUACAGCAGUUGCAGCUUUGGCAUUUUUGUUUAUUUUUAUUGCUUUCGUCUCCCCAUAUUGGCUUGAAACGGAUGGAAAAUUAAAAGAUCCUAAGUUUCUAAACAUAGGUCUGUGGCAGGUUUGUUUCCAAGGUUUUGUUGAUCCUCAUCACUGGUAUGAGACAGAGUUUUAUGGCUGUUGGUGGGUAUUUGAAGAGGAAUAUUACAUUAUCCAUGACAUCUUGCUACCAGGUUUCUUUGUGGCAACACAGUUUUUUUUCACCCUGUGCUUCACACUUUUACUGAUAGCCAGUUUUCUGGUGGCAUUGUACCUGUGCUGCAGUAGAGAACAUGAGCGGUUUGUGUUGCUUCUACUUGUUAUAGGAUCUGACCUCACAAUAGCAGCUGUGUCAGGAACAAUUGCAGUCAUUAUUUUUGGUGCUUGUGGGGAUGGUCGAGACUGGAUGCCUAACUGGGAACACAAUAACAUAUCCUGGUCUUAUGGACUAGCUGUUUUUGGAGUUCUGUUUCUUUACAUCAGUGGGAUCUUGUACCUAGUAGAAGGGCGCGUUCACCAUAAGAAGCGUCAAAGGGCACAGGAGACCACUCAUUCAGCUUAUCAUAUGGAACAAAGGAAGGCUCACACAACGAUUUGAAUGGUAGCUAGAAUUUUGAGGAAGUGAUUUUAUGCUAGGGUUUGUCAACCUUGGUAGCGAUAUAGACCACACAAUCUUUGAGGAAUUUCCUAAUUUCUACUUGUAUACUGAUGUUUUUAAGAUACAGUCUUGAAAACAAAAUAAGCAUAUAUUUCAAUUCAAUCACUUUCACCAAACAAGCGUAACAUGGGAGUACUGAAAUAUCUGUAUAUGAUCAUAAUUAUUAUGUGCAUUGACUGACUGCUUGAAAUUUGAGAGUUCUAAUGAAUCACAAAAUUUCUCAUGUCUUUUAUUUUAGUGUGGUUUUAGUAAUUGUUUUGGGGUCCUCUUUAAAUUAUUAAGAACCUCAAAAUAGCCAUAAAGGUUUCUCAUGUUUUUUUAUCUUGCAUGUUAUGUUUUUGGUUGAUUUUGAAUCUUGUGUGACGCCAGUGGGUCGCUGGUUGAGACACACUUGAUUUACAUUGUAUGAACAUAAGCUGUGCAGUCCAGCUGCAGUGAAUGUAUGUGUAUGUUGCCAGUUUGGGUUAAGAUACAUUCCUGUAUUUCCUAGCUUCACUGAUGUGAAACCCUGACAGUUAUUGCAUCUUCUGUUACAAUUAACGGAUGGAUGGUACUGAAAAUAGAUACUAAGGCACAUAUAUCACGUUGCAUAUUGAAAAUUCAUUGUACGAGGGUAAUUCCAAAAGUAAGGUCUCCUAUGUUUGAAAAUAUAAAAUAAACAUUUGUUUUCAAUUUUGGAUACAUCAGU